AUGGAUCGCAUGCCGUAUGGUCGGCCACAGGAGCGUGAGCUCGGCCACAACCAGACAGCACCACCGCCAGCGAGCCACGCAUCUCCGUUCCCACCGCCCACAACGCAGCAGCCACCGAUGCAAAUACCAUUUUCCGACCCGUUUCACUCGAGUCGAGACCCUUUCCUGCCGGGCGGGAGCAGACGCAGCAGUCUGGGGUUGUCGUCAAGAGCAUGGCCACCAUCGCAAGGAAACAACGCUCCUGUCUCUCACCAGCACCACCCGCUGCAUCUCUCGCCGCCCGCCCAGCCUGUGUCGCAAGGCCCGCCGCUGCCCCCGCCGCCCGCCAAUGGUCUCACGAUGCCACCGCAGCCUUACGACGAUGUGCGACGACGCUCCAUUGGCGCUGCGGGCAGCCCUCAGCAGUACGGACGAGCUCCUGUAGACCCACCGCCGCCGCCCCCAUCAUUCCCUGCACGAAAUAUGCCACCGCCGUCUCCACCGCAAAACGCGCCUCCUCCCUCGUCGCAUUUCGGUCCUGCACCCCGUGGUCCCCCGAUCUCUUCUCCGUUUGCAGCCAUGCGCGAUCCUGCCAGUCACCGACCAGACAUGUCGAUAUCAGCGAUACUCGGUGGUGGGGACGGUCACAGGCCGAAUGGCUCACCACACAGCUCUGCAGUCGCACCAGCGCUGACGCCACGGUCGAUGCAACCACCAUCGCCAGGAAGAGCUCGAUCGUCUAGUAUGCGUGAAGCUGGUGAUAGAAACAUGAACAACUCGAGUCCUCCGCGACCAGGGAUGUUUGGAGAACCAGCGCGCAUGGGAUCAGAGCCACAAAGAGAUGGAAUGUAUGGAUCUCCUCAUUUUCGACGAGGACCAGGACAUAGUUUCCUUGCGUUUCAGCCUUCGCAAGAGCAUGCGCAUCACUUGAAUGGACACGGCGCGCCAGUGCGACCAAACAGUCAGCCUGUCGAGACCUUCCCACGGCAUGUCGAUGAUCUGGUUCGACGUGAAGGGCCUUUUGAGCAGCGGGCUGGUCCUUUUCGACAUUUCGGCGAGCCGUUAGCAUCACCCAGGCACGAGCCACCGCCGCUUCGUCAAGAACGACCGAUGUUCCAGGGCGGCCUUACGUCCCAUCCGCAAGAGAAUGCCACAUACAGCAGCCCUCGAAUGGACCGCGAACGUAGCUCGCAAGGACCGUCGCGAUUCCAAGGCGGUAACUUCCCGAAUCCACUGCGUGACGAACAACAAUCAUUGUUCAGGCCGACGUUCCCGCCAACAUCACACCCUGCACCUGAAGCACCGAGAGAAUCGAUCGAGAACCGAGCACAAGACACGCGAAGGCAACUCUCUCGGCCAUCGCCUCCUCCAAUGCACUUGCCUACAUAUGAAAGAGGGCGCAAUGGCUUCGUGGAUCGACCUAUGACGUUGGAAGAACAUCAGCGGAUGGAGAUGAUGCAUCGUGAACAACAUCGCAAAGAGAGUGAAGGCUCUGUGCACCGUGCGCUCCUCAACAUUAGCCCGGAGCUGGACCGUCGCGGUCGCAACUCGCCUUUACCGCAAGCUGUCCAAGGCGCACAGCCUAGACACAUCGGUCCUGGAGGGGAUAACCCGGGAAUCAAGAUGGAAUUUGGCCGAAUGUUCUCGGGUUUGGGUGCAGGCGUUGGUAGCACCACGCCCAAGCCGCAUUCCCACCAUCCGCCGAACGGCGACACUACACCAUCGCGCAUGAGUCCGUCCUUGAGACACGUCGAGGGCAGCGACCUGGUGCGUGCUGCCGUUGCAGAAAUAGACGAACGGCGAGCCGGCUCGAAGGCUGGGUCGAGAGCUGGAAGACGCAAUAGACGGCGGUCCAGGGACGAUGCAGAGCACCUGGAAGGCGAUGGCAGAGGCACACCAGAUCUGCAGCGCGGCGGCAAGCGUGCGAAGACUGCGCAUCAUCACCAUCAUCACGUGCAUCCGCACCACCAUCAUCACCACCAUCACGAAGGAGGGGAGACUACUCCGGGGCCACACAACAUGCCACGCUUCCCUUCGAAUCCACUCUCGCACGCCAAUCUCGCGGCCAGCCAAGCGCAUCACCAUCAUCACCACCAUGCACAUCCCACACAUCCUGGACAUCACCAUCACCACACGCCACGGGCAGCACCGGCUCCUCGGAAGCCAGCAGUCAGUGUUAUCAGCAAGAGGGUCCUCGAAGAAACUGCGAAGAAGCCGAGAAGGCAUCUUGGCUCUCAGCUCUACACAACUGACGUGACGCUUCCCGCGCCUGCUGAUAUCCAUGUUGACUCGAAGAUUAAAUUCGGCAGUACAUCGAAACCGAUACCAGCUUUCCACGACCACCAGAAUUGCACGUUCACUGUCAGAGUACCUCGCGACUAUCUCAUACGCAGCGAUACUAAUGCAGAUGAAUACAAUUUGGAGGCGAUAUGUAAGCGACGUCAGCUGUGGGGAACCGAUAUAUACACAGACGAUUCCGAUGUUGUCGCCGCUGCGGUGCAUUCGGGCUGGAUUAGAGGCGACUUUGGCGAGCACAAUGAAGACAUCCGGCAGAUCUGCGACAACACUUCAGAGCGCGAUGUGGAUGACGGCCCACCGCUUUCGCUGGACGAACGUCCGGCUAGGCCAGUCAAAGUGCCAGAAGGCCAUGAUGCGCAUAUCACCAUUGUAAUCUUACCACCGCUUGAAGCCUACGCUUCCACACAUCAACACCACAUCUGGUCGCGGGACUGGAACAAGACUCACGACGGAAUGUCCUAUAUGAUACACAGGAUCGACUUUGUUGACGAAGGUAGAUCUGGUCGCUAUGUAGAACGAAACGGAGCCGCUCGCAAAAAGCGAAUCGCGAUUGAGGAAGCAAACCGCAGGGAGGCAGCAGCUGGCCUCUUGAUGUUUGCCAAUGGCUCAGGAGCUGGGCCCAGCAGUGGCAGCGGCACCGUUAGAGUCGGGGCAUGA